AGCCGUGUGCAGGCUGCUCGAGAUACAGUAUCGAUUUAUACCUAUAUACUGCACUUCAAGAUUAUUUAUAUGCAGUCUUGCCUGUGUAGCGUACAGUAUAGUACUAGCGACUGUGGUACUAGUACUCUGUAUGAAAUUAUACGCUGUCUACGCGUGAUUUAGUUGAACGGGCGACAAACCUUCAAACUUCAAUCACUGUGUUUCCCCUAAAACUGACCGAUUUGAUUGAAUCGUUUGCUGUUGUACUGGACUAAUGGCGCUCGACAACGAUCAGCUACAGAUCGUAACCGUGCGGACGCGGCAUUGCGGUGAGGUGGAUCUGCAUGUGCUGGGUGAUGUAAGCAAUGUCGGACAUAAACCGGUGUUCCUUACUGUACACGACUUUGGCUCGAACGCGACCAGCUUCAACAAUUUCCUUCUCCAUCCUUCCAUGGCGGAAGUCCGCCCCAAAUCGGUGUGGCUGAACUUCGAACUGCCCGGUCAGGGCACAAACGCUCCGGAAUUGCCCGUCAGUUUUAAAUUUCCCACACUGGACGAGGUGGCUGAGGAUUUAGCGGAAGUUCUCCAUCAAUUAAAGAUUGAAUGCGUGGUCGGUUUUGGGGAAGGAGCCGGUGCCAAUAUUCUCUGCAGAUUUGCGAUGGCUUAUCCUACCAAAAUCUCCGGUCUGAUCCUCGUACAUCCGACUGCAACAUCUGCCGGUUUCAUGGAGUGGGCCAAGGAAAAGCUGGUCCAGUGGAAUGUGAAUAUGAUUAACCCAACAGCUGAGGAAUACUUGGUCAUGUACAAGUUUGGCAGCGAAGUGGAAAAUUCGGAGGCCAGCGACCGUCAGCGACUGAUCCAACAGUACAUCCAAGAAAUCCGCAACCAGAUGAACCACAAAAACAUGUUUGCCUACAUGGAUGCAUUUCACAAGCCGAAACUUCUUGUGCCAGUUUACCGUCCAGCAGAAACGUCAGGAACGGAAUCACGUUUUUUCCUGUUGUUUCUCCUGGGAAACGCCAGAAAAAUUGGGAAGGCAAAAUUAUCGGCAGGACUACGAAUGUUAUGGAGGUUUCAAAGGCUAAAAUAUUCCGGUCGUUUUGGACGGAGAGCCGAUUUCAGCAGCCAGCUCCGCUCAAAUCUCAAGUGUGACUGCCUGAUAAUCUGCGGAUCAAAAGGGUCGUUUCUGCACACCGUCCAAACGAUGCACACGCAUAUGAAUCCCCAGAAUUCAACAUUCGUCAAGAUCGAUGACGUUGCUGACGCUUUACUGGAAGCGCCGGAACAAGUGACUCGCAAUCUGCUGUUGUUCGUCAAAGGGCUCGGAAUGUUGACAACGGUCUAUACUCCGGCAGAACGCGCCUCCGUCCAGGUGAACGCGUCACACGAGCGCCGGCGUAUAUCCAUGCAUGAAGCGGACACGCCACGCUGUGCUUCACCCUCACGGCCAGCCACUACCCAAUAAACGCAGAGGAAUAGACAACCCGACCUCUGUCUGUCGACUGGCAUGGAGGAAGGCAUUCGUGGACAGAGGUCUUCUUUAUGGAUACGAGUUUAAAGAGAGCUUAUUACAGCGUUCUUCAGGUGGAAAUUCACCUACAGCAUGUUCUUACACUGGCGGUUGCAGCAUUUGAAAUAAUUCAAAUAAUAUUCUUCUGCAAUCAAUAAUAAACUAUGGGUAAUUCUA